AUAGUAGUGUUUUAGGUAGGCCGCUGCUCCGCUGUUCCUGUCAGUCUGUUGUUCCGGCUCGAACAUGGCGCUGUCUCUGGGCGAAGUGGCUGCAGUUGGUGGUAGCCGGCUGAGAAGGCAGCUGGAGUCGGGGAGCUACGCGGCCGACGAGUACGUGAAGGUCCUUUCCCAGCAAUCAGACGGCGACCGGGACCUGCAGGAGCACCGGCAGCGCAUCCAAGCGCUGAGUGAGGAGACCGCGCAGAGCCUCAAGCGCAACGUCUACCAGAACUACAGGCAGUUCAUCGAGACGGCCCGAGAGAUCAGCUACCUGGAGAGUGAGAUGUACCAGCUCAGCCACAUCCUCACUGAGCAGAAGGGCAUCAUGGAAGCCGUCACCCAGGCCCUGCUGCAGCAAGCCAGCACCACCGACCGCGAUGACCCCGCUCUGGGGGGCGCCCGACGAGCGGCCACUGACCCCCAUGCCAACCCUUUCUUGCCCCUCUCGGCCAAAGACUCUGCGGCUAAUGAGGAGGGCCGGCAGCGAACUCUCACUACCCUCCUGGAGAAGGUGGAGGGCUGCCGGGACUUGCUCCCAGAGAGCCCUGGCAAGUACCUAGUCUACAAUGGUGACCUUGUGGAGUAUGAUGCGGAUCAUAUGGUCCAGAUUCAGAGAGUGCACGCCUUCCUGAUGAAUGACUGCCUUCUUGUGGCUGCCUGGCUGCCCAACCGGCGUGGUACUUACCGUUAUGAUGCCUUGUACCCACUUGACGGUCUAGCUGUGGUCAAUGUUAAGGACAAUCCACCUAUGAAGGAUAUGUUCAAAUUGCUUAUGUUCCCUGAAAGCCGCAUCUUCCAAGCUGAGAAUGCCAAGAUCAAGAAAGAGUGGUUGGAAGUGUUAGAAGAGACCAAGAGGAACCGUGUCCUCAGUGAGAAGCAAAGGCUGGAACAGGAGGCCCCUACACGGGCUCCUCCUCCAGCUCCCACAGAGACCACAAAUCCAUUUGAGGAGGAUGAGGAAGAGGAGUCAACUCCAGAAGAAGAAAUGGUGGAUCUGUCUCUAGAAUGGAUUCAGGAGUUGCCUGAAGACCUAGAUGUCUGCAUUGCUCAGAGAGACUUUGAGGGAGCAGUUGAUUUGUUGGAUAAGCUUAAUGAGUAUCUGGGAGAUAAGCCUGUGACACAGCUAGUCAGGGAGUUAAGAGCCAAGGUGGAUGAAAGAAUCCGGCAGCUCACUGAUGUGCUUGUUUUUGAGCUGUCUCCAGAUAGGUCUCUACGAGGUGGACCCAGAGCUACUCGGCGAGCUGUUUCUCAGCUCAUCCGCUUGGGUCAGUCAACCAAGGCAUGUGAACUUUUCUUGAGGAACAGAGAAGCUGCUGUACACACAGCCAUCCGACAGUUACGCAUCGAAGGUGCCACUCUGCUGUACAUUCAUAAGCUCUGCCAUGUCUUCUUUACCAGCCUGUUGGAGACUGCAAGAGAGUUUGAGACAGACUUUGCAGGCAACAGUGGGUGCUAUUCUGCUUUUAUUGUUUGGGCCCGAUCUGCUAUGAGGAUGUUUGUAGAUGCCUUCAGUAAACAGGUGUUUGACAGUAAGGAAAGCUUAUCAACUGCUGCUGAAUGUGUAAAGGUGGCAAAGGAACACUGCAAGCAGCUCAGUGAGAUUGGUUUGGAUCUGACCUUCAUCAUACAUGCUUUGCUAGUGAAGGAUAUCAAAAGUGCUUUGCAGAGCUACAAGGAUAUCAUCAUUGAGGCCACAAAGCACCGCAACUCUGAGGAAAUGUGGCGAAGAAUGAACCUGAUGACUCCAGAAGCUUUAGGAAAGCUGAGAGAAGAAAUGAGGAGCUGUGGUGUGACCAGUUUUGACCAGUACACUGGUGAUGACUGCUGGGUGAAUCUUAGCUACACUGUGGUGGCCUUCACCAAACAGACCAUGGCCUUCUUGGAGGAAGCACUCAAGCUAUACUUCCCAGAGUUGCACAUGAUUCUGCUGGAAAGCCUGGUGGAGAUAAUCCUUGUAGCUGUCCAGCAUGUUGAUUACAGUUUACGGUGUGAACAGGACCCUGAGAAGAAAACAUUCAUCAGGCAGAAUGCAUCUUUCCUUUAUGAAACCGUCCUUCCUGUAGUGGAGAGGAGGUUUGAAGAAGGAGUUGGAAAGCCAGCUAAGCAACUGCAAGAUCUGAGGAAUGCUUCAAGACUGAUGCGUAUUAAUCCUGAAAGUACUACCUCUGUGGUCUGAAGUUUAAUGCCUUGGAACCUUUCUUACAAAAGAUUGUGUAUAUACCUAAUGUAUGUUUUAUGUACAUGUAUAUGUAUAACUCCCCCCCCCCUUUAAAAAAAAUAAUGACCACAAUCCCUUUAGCUAAUUAUGCCUUGCAAAUAAAUUAGAAGGCAAAGAAAAAAAAGAGAUAAGAAAACUAGGAAUGCAGUUGGAUAAACAACAUUGAGCCCAUUUCCUCUGAAGGUCUUCUUGUGAAAUUUUAAAUUAAGGAAGUCACUUAGUGACAUAAUGUAUUAUGAUUCAGUGGUGAAUGACAUGUUUAAAUAUAAUGAAUGUGAUAAAGCAUAACAUUUAAAAAGUAUUAGCUGGUUCUCCCAAGAGAACAAAUGAUGGGGUGUGCACUACAGAAAGCAAAUUAAUGUGCAUAAUUAUGUCUGUUACUUUGAGAGAAGAUUAUAAGGAGUGGAGUUCACUGUUCCAGUGAUUUUACAGAUCCCUAGCUAAGAUGAAUAUUGCUAAGUUUAUAAUGGGCUGCAUGUAUGUUUUCUGUCUGGAGGCAGAGAAGCACAAUGCCUAAAAAUAACAUACAGACUACCAGAAGAGCAGUGUGCACAAGCAAACCAUCGGGAUUUGGCCACCAUGCUCUCUGCAACCAAAUAUCUAAAGAGACUCUUAAGUUAACCAUGCAUCCUUGAUAGUCUGUAGGAAAACUACUGUGCCAAAAGCUUCAGAGGGAAUUGUGACUGUGCAUAUCAUUUCCUGGCAUGCACAUAAACUUUCUUUGGACAGAAACCAGUUAUAUGAAUUGAAGGGUGGGUAUAUAGUCUGCCCAAAUUUUAUGUCGGCUUACAUUAUCAGUAGGAAUUAUGACUUGAGAACAUGGAUGAAACAGAGUUUUACAUAUUGUUGAAUCAGCCUGUUGCAUAGACCUCUGGAAGAUUCCAUGAUGUGAAAACUGCUAGUGUAUCAUCAAGUGGAGGGUGUCAGUGGUUGAAAAGCAGCCUAGUGUAUGUAUCAUGGAGCUUUUGGGUGACUACAAAUGGGAAUCAGCAUUUGGGUAUGGGAGGCAUGCAUAGGAUGAAGGCACAGACACCUGGUAAGGACUGUAACCAAGGCCAAACAAUCCCAUCUAGCUCUGCAUACAGUGCAAUUGUGUUCAGUGUGGGUACAGGUUCCUUGUUUGUUAAAGUAGUUGGGGCUUUCCAAGACUGAUAAGUGACUCCAAGUAACUCAGAUUAUCCUAAGGCUCUUUUUAUAAACAGUAGGCUUCAGUAAGUAUACAGCAGAUUGUAUGGUUUAUAUAUUAAAAGUAUUUAAGACCUUAUUGUACAAUUAUGGUCUUUAGAUACAAUGGAAAUCUGUUGGCUUGUUUUUUGACAACUGACUUUGCCGUUAAAGUAAACAUCAUCUUGAGAUCAUUCAUGGCACUCACUCACAUGGAAGAAAGAGGCAGGGAAAUCUCUCCACACUCCAGAAAUAUUCAGUCUAGACAGCAAUGUAGUAUAAUGGAUAGUGUUGUGGGCUGAAUCACAGCAUAUGAAUGCAUUGUUUAGCCUCUGAGUGAGGGGGGAGGGCUGGGUAGCCAUCAUGUUUGCAUCAGUGAGUGGAUUUGCUCAUUGUUGCCUUCCAAAGGGCAUGCUGGUGUGGAAUAGGGUAUAGGGGUCACCAUAGUAUGCACUUGUAGCCUUUAGACUUUUACAGCAAUGGAAUUUAGAGCACCUGAUAUAGAUAUUUUACAGUUUGCAGUUGUUGCGCAUCUCUUUUAUACACUGAAGAAAAUUUCUUUUUAGGAAUGCUUAUCCUGCUAUCUCAGCAGGCCUAAGAAACUAAAUCAAUUUAUAGGCAAGCUCCUCAUCUCUUACUCAUUAGAUUUCUGCAGGCGGAUCUCCCAAAAGUUAUUUGUAGAGCACUUAUGGAUAUCUGAGCUAAAUAUUCUUUGUGUUCAGUGAUAUCUGUUUCUACUGAUGUGUAUAAAUAUAUGGAAGCCAAAUUUGCUCUAAGACCAAUGAUAUAAGUUGAAAUUUGUGGACGGUCUUUGUAUUUUAACACAGAUAACUGAAUUAAAAUAAGUGCACCCUGAAAA